GUACCAACUAUCGAAAUCAGCAUUCGGACAACGAAUCACACUCUGUCUCACGAGCAAUGAGCAACGGAUCAAACGCACACCCGGUCGCCUUGCAAUGCAAGGGGUGGGCCGUGGAAGAGCCGGCGCAGGAGUGGUCGAAGGACGUCAUGUCGCUGACGGACGUCACCAUGCCUGCGCCUGGACCCACGCAGGUGCGCAUCAAGGUGCACGCGGCCGGCAUCAAUCCCGUGGAUUGGAAGCGCACCAUGUUUCCAGCAUCCGGUGCAGGACCUGGUGUUGCCGGCCACGGACUCAACGGGUACAAGGGCAUGCACCACAAGCCCCCGCAUUACCCGUACCCCUACAUCGUCGGCGUCGACGGCGCCGGCGAGAUCGAGAGCGUCGGGGCGAAGGUGACGGGGUUGAAGGUCGGUGACCGCGUCAUGUUCCACUCUUCCUUGCUGGACCCCUUUGCCGGGUCGUUGUGCGAGUAUGCGGUGCUCGAGGGAGCCGUGGUGUCGCCGAUUCCGUCGGAUGGGCCGAAGCCGAUCUCCUACGUGGAGGCGGCGGCGAUCCCGUGUGCAACCUGGACGGUGUACAUUGCCCUGUUCGACAAGCUGCGCAUCGAGCGCGGCCGGAGCAUUUUCAUUGAUGGCGCCUCCGGCGGCGUGGGCAACUCUGCCGUGCAGCUGGCCCGCAACGCCGGUCUCUACGUGUUUGCGUCGUGCUCCCCGUCGAAUGCGGAGUACGUGAAGGGCCUUGGCGCGGAUGUAGUGCUGGACUACCAUGAGGGCUCGAAGAUGGUGGAUCAGAUCCUGGAGGCGACGGAGGGCCGCGGCGUGGACUACUACUUCGCGAUCACCAACACGGACAACGCGGAGGAGUACACCGAUGCGCUUCACUUCGGCGGCGCGGUCUGCCUUAUUUCCGGUGUCCUGAUCCCCUCCAGUGACGUUCUUUUCCGUCGUCAGCUGUCCGUUCAUUACGCCUUCUUGAACGGCCUGCAUGGCCAUCCCAUGACGCGGCCGCAGCUCCGCAUUAUUGGCGAUCAGGUAUCGGAGCUGUACCAGAAGGGUGCGUUCACACUGCAGGUGGAGGUGCUGCCGUUUGCGGAGGCUGCAACGGCGAUGGACCGCUGCGCGACGGGGAAGAUUGGGAAGGGCAAGCUGGUCGUCCAGGUAGCGUCGCCAUAA